AUGUACAGCAAUCCAAUUAUCCCAGGCUUCAACCCUGACCCUUCUCUCAUCCGGGUCAACAACGACUUCUUCCUCGUCACAUCGACCUUCGAAUAUGUUCCCGGAGCUCCAAUCUACCACAGCACAGAUCUGAUCCAGUGGAAACUCAUCGGGCACGCACUGACUCGCCCGAGUCAAUUGCAGAUCCACACCCCGGAGCCUGGAGGAGGUGUCUGGGCCACAACCUUGCGGUACCACAAGGGUGUUUUUUAUAUCCUUGCGGCAAGUUUUGAACGGUACCGUCCCCAAGAUGACGAUCGAGUCUGGCCACGGGGGUUUUAUGUGAAAACGGGGAAUAUCUGGGACUCGGACUCGUGGUCUGAUCCUGUGUAUUUUGACCAGGUUGGUUUUGAUCCAGAUAUCUUCUGGGAUGAUGACGAUACAGCCUAUCUCUCAACUACAUACCGCAAAAUUCAUCGCACCCCAGGGAAGCCGAUCAAGGAUUUCGCCAUACACAUUUCCACCGUGGAUCUAGAAACCGGCAACGCCACAUCAACCCCCCGACUAAUCCGGGAAUCGUCCUCCGGGGUCGCAGAAGGAUCACAUAUAUUCAAACGAGGCAAAUACUACUACCUCUUCACUGCAGAAGGUGGCACCGAGAGCGGCCACUGUGAAUGGGUAAAUCGUAGCGAGACGGGGCCGUUCGGACCCUGGGAACUCGGGCCUAAUAAUCCGCUUUGGCGGAACGGAGUCAACGAUGAAGUCCAGAACACAGGACACGCAGAUCUAGUGACGGAUGUAAAUGGACAGUGGUGGGCUGUUUUGUUGGGGGUUCGACCUGUCCAGCGAGAUGGGUAUUGGGAGGAAUCUGUUUUCGGGAGAGAAACAUUCCUUGUCCCAUUAGCAUGGGAGAAUGACUGGCCGGUGUUGAACGGUGGGGGGAAAAUCACUCUUCACUAUGGAGGCCCUCAGCUCUACCAAUUCCAACAUCCUGUGGAAUGGCGCGACGAUUUCGCAUCCUCAACUCUACAGCUAGGCUGGUAUCGAAAAAACACCCCCGUUAAAAAGGACUACUCCCUCACCACCCGGCCAAACUACCUCCGUCUGCACGGAAACCCCUACACCCUCUCCAUUCCAACCUGUCCGACUCUCUUCCUGCGCAAACAAACCCACCGCUUCUGUACCUGGGAAACCAGCCUGUCAUUCUCACCUACCUCGCCAAACACGGAGGCGGGGACCGUCCUCUGGCUGAACUACUUCACGUACAGUAGUAUCGGGAUUCGACUUUCCCCCGGUGCGGAGCCUGAGUCGAAUGACUCACAUUCAAAGAAGCGAAUUAUCCGCUUCAGACACGUCUCCGGGGAAGCGAUUGACAUGGAUCUGUCUACGGUUUCAAAUGAGGUGACGUUGGUCAUCGCCUGUGGAGAUGAAUAUAAAUUCGGAUUUCGAGAAGAAGAAGAACAAGAAGAAGGAGAAAGCUUCACCUCCAGCUCUACAUCUACAUCCGCAUCUAAUACUAGCCCUGGAAUAACCUGGUUGGGGUCAAUCAGCAACAAAGACAUGGUUGAAGCCCCACUCCCGGUUGGUGCAUUAUUCACCGGUAUGAUGCUGGGGUUGUAUGCCUUUGGGGAUCGGGAGAGUUGUUUGGUUCCGGCGGAUUUUGGACAUGCGGAGUUUCGCUCCAAUGAUUAUUACUAGAGAUCAACCACAACUAGCUAGGUAGUCAACCCGGCAGCCAGCAUCCAACAUUGCCCAGGUACUCGUGGAUCGCGCGCGAGGUAGGGAGCCAAGGAAUGUGAAGCGAACACGUCAGAGAUCACUUUUACAACCCAGAUUUGGGAAGGGGGUUGUUCUGGUCGAGUUUAGAUUCUGGCUACGCUGGACUUUUGUCCGCGGUGUUGUUGUUGGUGAGAAGAUUAGGUCUAGAAUCUAUCCAUGGGGAGGUAUGGUACUACUGUACUACUUAGUAGAGGAGUCAGGAUUGAAAUAAUUCAGGUCAAACAAGAUUGUACAUUCAGGGGCAGACAAUUGGUUAACCAAAAAUGAAGAAUAUAGAAUUGAAAUGCGUGGAUAUGGUGGGUUGUUAGAGGGCAGAGGGCAUCGUCCAUAUAUCAUAUAUCAUAUCAUGAUGAAGGUCGUCAAACUAUGACGGUAGAAAGUUGACCGAAAUGAAUUCAAUUAGGUCUAACUAGGAAA